AUGAACGACGUACUCAACGUCGGUGGUGAACCUGUCUUCGACGAUCGUAUCGUCAAGAUCAAGACUCACACGUACAAUCCAUACGCCAAUACAUCGUUUAGUCACAGCGAUGAGAUACGCAUACCCAUUCAACAACAAGAUGUUUACACUUUGCCGUCCGACAGUUACUUAGACGUCAAAGGAAAGUUCAGUCUGCAAAUCACCGCUGGAGCGGUGGAAGGAAGCGGCGCGGUUGCCACCGCCGCCGCGUUGACGAACAAUUGCAUGGCUUUUAUGUUCGAUGAGAUCAGAUACGAGCUCAAUGGUGUGGAAAUCGAUCGAAAUCGCAACUCUGGUGCUGGUGCGUUCAAUUUUUGUGUACCUCUCUGCACAUUGCUGGGAUUCUGCGAGGACUAUAAACGCGUUGUGAUCAACGCGAGACACGAACUCGUUCUGAUACGAUUGCGCAACGACAACAAUAGCGUCGUUGCUUCGGCUAACAGCGGACCAACAGUGGAAUUGCACAAGGUGCAGUGGCGAAUGCCGCACGUUGUGUUAAACGAUGUAAACAAAUUGAAGCUGUUGCGCACUUUGGAAAGCGGUCAAUAUUUGACCAUGGGUUUUCGCUCGUGUGAUCUGUAUGAGUAUCCGCUGUUACAGAGCACAUCAUCUCAUUCGUGGGCUGUAAAAGCGGCGACACAGUUGGAAAAACCACGUUACAUCAUUUUUGCGUUGCAGACCGGUCGAAAGAAUGUUGUCAGCCGAGAUUGCUCGCGAUUUGAUCAUUGCAACUUAUCAAAUGUAAAGUUGUUCCUGAAUUCAGAUUUCUAUCCCUACGACGAUUUGAAUCUAGAUUUUGGUAAGGAACGAUACGACAUUUUGUACGACAAGUACAUUAAAUUCAGACGAUCCUACUACGGAUGCGACGAGAACGAGGCGCUUCUAACGUUGGACAAGUUCAUCUAUUGCGGACCGCUCGUAGUCAUCGACUGUUCGCGCCAAAACGAAACAGUCAAAAGCGCCACCGUUGACGUUCGCAUUGAAUUUAACUGCAAAGAAAAUAUACCCACCGAUACAACCGCGUACUGUCUGAUCAUACACGAUCGCAUCGUCGAAUACAACCCGCUGACCAGCGUCGUGCGACGUAUCGUUUAG